CGUUUCGCGCUGCCACGUUUGACCCGAGAAUUUAUUAUUCGUCACGCCCAACCGACCCGACCGAACGCGAGCGCAGACGACUCGAACAGGAAAGAGGGAGGAGCUGCCGAGCAGAGAUCCACGCCGGCGCCAUUCUUCCUCCUGCACUUCUCCCCCACUACUCCGCGCCAGCAGAUCUCCCUCCGCGCCUCUUGCCCUUCCCCUCUCCCCAGGAUCAUGGAGUGCCGGGUUCUUGGCUCCAGGUGCGCCGGCGCCGGCGCCGGUGGGCAAAUCUUGGGGAAGACCGGGUCCGCGACGUUAUGUGUUAAAGCCACUUGUUCGACAAGUUUUACUGGUUCUGCCAAACAUGAGCAGAACAUGCAUGGGAAUGUUAAGCCCUUGCAAUUAGCAGCAAGUAGAUCCUCUCGUUUGGUUAACAGAAGUCCAGUACUUCAACAGCAGCGGAAUCUUGCUGCUAGGUCUAGCUCUGCAAAUGUGUGUACUACUUUUCAUGAUGCCAAAGGAGUAUCUUCUGAUGCUAUUGAAGAAAAAAUUGGAGUACUCUUGUUAAAUCUUGGUGGUCCAGAGACCCUGGAUGAUGUUCAACCAUUUUUGUUCAACCUAUUUGCUGACCCAGAUAUCAUUCGACUACCGAGGCUGUUCAGGUUUCUUCAAAAACCACUGGCCAAACUUAUUUCUACUUUCAGAGCUCCUAAGAGUAAAGAGGGGUAUUCUUCAAUUGGUGGUGGAUCACCUUUGAGGAAAAUUACUGAUGAGCAGGCAAAUGCUUUGAAGAUUGCAUUGGAAAAGAAAAAUCUGCAUGCAAAUAUAUAUGUUGGAAUGAGGUAUUGGUACCCUUUCACAGAAGAAGCCAUUGAUCAGAUUAAGAAGGAUAAGAUUACCAAGCUUGUUGUUCUUCCACUUUACCCUCAGUACUCAAUAUCAACAAGUGGAUCAAGCAUUCGUGUUCUCCAAAACAUUGUCAAGGAAGAUUCAUAUUUUUCUGGCUUGCCAAUUUCCAUUAUCGAAUCAUGGUACCAACGUGAUGGCUAUGUGAAAUCAAUGUCUGACUUAAUUGAGAAAGAGCUAUCAAUUUUUUCCAAUCCUGAAGAGGUUAUGAUAUUCUUUAGUGCACAUGGUGUGCCACUUACCUAUGUUGAGGAUGCUGGAGAUCCUUACAGAGAUCAAAUGGAGGAGUGCAUUGCUUUGAUCAUGGGAGAGUUGAGAUCCAGAGGAAUCUUAAACAGCCACACUCUAGCUUACCAGAGUCGGGUGGGGCCAGUUCAAUGGCUGAAACCAUAUACCGAUAAAGUUAUAGUCGAACUUGGUCAAAAGGGUGUGAAGAGCCUCCUGGCUGUUCCAGUAAGCUUUGUGAGCGAGCACAUCGAAACAUUGGAAGAAAUUGAUAUGGAGUACAAGGAGUUGGCUCUAGAAUCGGGCAUUGAGAACUGGGGUAGGGUUCCUGCUCUUGGGUGCACGUCAUCAUUCAUCUCCGAUCUUGCAGAUGCUGUUGUCGAAGCCCUGCCCUCCGCUUCAGCACUCGUAACCAGAAAGCCCAACGACACUGAUUCUGACAUGGACCUGAUGCAUCACCUGAGCAAGAUGUUCUUUGGCUCAAUCUUGGCAUUCGUCUUGCUGUUGUCGCCGAGACUAAUUUCUGCUUUCCGGAAUACAAUGCUUUAGGUUUGCUAGGCAAGCAGAAAGGUUGCGAUAGUAAUCAUGCUAUUUUUCGAGAUCGAUGCAUGAUGGAGCUGCAAAUAACUUCUUCAUUGUAAUUAGAUCGUUAGAGUUUACUGGUUGCAAUUUGCAAAUAACUUGCAAUUUGCUUUCUGUAUUACUGUUUUCACCAACAAAUUUGGUGUGAUGAAAGCACAGAACAUUGUUAUCCUACAGUUCGAAGUUUUUUAGGUCUUUCUGUUCCUGUCUAGCUUGGAUAUUUUGGAUUGUUGUAUCCUCAAACACAUCAGUAACUCCGAAAACUAUUAUGCCUAUCUAUUA